AUGGCAUCACUCAAUUCCUCAAAUCAUGAUCAACAGGAAGAGGACCCCGGCACAGAUCUGCAAUACAACCAUCAGAUUAUCCCCGAACCAUCCCGGGAAGGUUUCACCUCGGCAGUGUCGAAUGCAACCCACAUGCGUCAAUUACUUACUCGUUGCGCUGAGCUCAUCUCUAGGUCCGACUUCUCCGCUGCUCACCGCCUCGUCUCCAUUUUGUCCGGUAACUCGUCCCCUUAUGGAGACUCCAUUGAGAGGUUGGUCCACCAGUUUGCCAAAGCCCUCUCCCUCCGCCUUAAAAAUUGCUGCUACGCUGCGGCUGCCGCUGCAACGACCACCACCAGUGCAGCAUCAGCAUCCAUAAUAAUGGCGAGUACUCCAACUACGGCCGCUGCUACUGCAUUAACUAACGAUAGGAACAAUGUAGACAUGACAGAGCCAGAGGAGCAUCUUCAGUCAUGCUAUCUAUCGCUGAACCAAAUAACCCCAUUCGUAAGGUUCAGCCAUCUGACAGCCAACCAAGCCAUCUUGGAAGCCAUAGACGAAGGGCAGAAGGCCAUCCACAUCCUUGAUUUUGACAUCAUGAACGGUCUGCAAUGGCCUCCUCUGAUGCAGGCCCUUGCCGAGCGCUCCUACCCUCCUCCUAUGCUUCGCAUCACCGCCACAGGCCACGAUCUAAACAUCCUACACAAGACCGGCGACCGCCUUUUGAAGUUCGCCCAGUCCCUCGGCCUCAGGUUUCAGUUCCACCCGCUUCUCCUCCUUGGUAACAGCAACGACGUCCCAGCUUUUCCUCCCGCGCUUGCUCUCCUACCAGAAGAAGCCCUUGCCGUCAACUGCGUGCUUUAUCUGCACAGGCUCCUUAGGGACGACUCCCGUGGCCUACGCCUCUUCCUUCACAAAAUCAAGGCCUUGAACCCCAAGGUGGUUACCAUUGCCGAGAGAGAGGCCAACCACAACCACCCUCUCUUCGUGCAGAGAUUCGUGGAGGCCUUGGACCACUACACGGCAGUCUUUGACUCCCUGGAGGCCACAUUGCCCCCGAACAGCCGGGAGAGGGUUACUGUCGAGCAGGUAUGGUUCGGAAGAGAGAUCAUGGACAUCGUCGCUGCAGAGGGAAACAACAGAAGAGAAAGGCACGAGAAAUACGAAUCGUGGGAGGUGAUGCUUCGGAGCUCGGGCUUUUCCAAUGUUCCCUUGAGCCCCUUCGCGCUUUCGCAGGCCAAACUCCUCCUGAGGCUCCACUAUCCUUCUGAGGGUUAUCAGUUGCAAAUUCGCAACGACUCUUUAUUCCUUGGCUGGCGGAAUCGAGCUCUUUUCUCAGUAUCUUCCUGGCAGUGAAUCAAUA